AGCUGUGUUGGAGUAGAAGAACAUCAUGCUGUUGACAUUGACCUAUAUCACUGUCCCAACUGUGCAGUUCUACAUGGAUCCUCCUUGAGAAUUUCUCCCAAGGAAUUAAUGAGGGAAACAUAUUUAUGUAUAUGAAUAUCAAUCCCAACUUUGUUUGAAGAAAGAUUCAGGAUGGACAAAGUGCAUAAGAAUUAAAAAAUGAUUAUAAUAUGAUGCAUCUACAUCUAUAUCUUAAAAUCUAAGCCACUUUAAAUUGCUUUUGAGUAUUUAUUAAGGAGAAAAUGGUCAUGGUAUAAUAAGAAAGUGAAAAAGAGAAGGAACUGGCACAGGCAUGACUACACCGAAAUUGAUGAUGGUUCCAAACCAGUGCAAGCUGGAACUAGGACUUUUGUGAAGGAACUACGUUCUCGAGUCUUCCCAAGUGCCGAUGAGAUCAUUGUGAAGAUGCACGGCAGCCAGCUGACACAGAGAUAUCUGGAGAAACAUGGAUUUGAGGUCCCUAUUAUGGUCCCCAAGUUAGAUGACCUAGGACUCAGGCUCCCUGCAGCUACGUUUUCUGUUAUGGAUGUGGAACGUCAUGUAGGUGGUGACAAAGUGAUAGAUGUCAUUGAUGUGGCAAGGCAGGCAGACAGCAAAAUGACACUUCACAAUUAUGUUAAAUACUUCAUGAACCCUAACAGACCAAAAGUGUUAAAUGUGAUCAGCCUUGAAUUUUCAGAUACAAAGAUGUCUGAAUUGGUGGAGGUCCCUGACAUAGCCAGAAAACUUUCCUGGGUGGAAAAUUAUUGGCCAGAUGAUUCAGUCUUUCCCAAGCCAUUUGUUCAGAAAUACUGCUUAAUGGGAGUUCAAGACAGCUACACAGAUUUCCACAUCGACUUUGGUGGAACUUCAGUUUGGUACCAUGUCCUCUGGGGUGAGAAGAUUUUUUAUUUGAUAAAGCCAACAGAUGAAAAUUUGGCACUCUAUGAGUCUUGGAGUUCAUCUGUGACCCAGAGUGAGGUGUUCUUUGGAGAUAAGGUGGAUAAAUGCUACAAAUGUGUGGUAAAGCAGGGACAUACCUUAUUUGUUCCUACAGGGUGGAUUCAUGCUGUGCUCACUUCUCAGGAUUGUAUGGCUUUUGGGGGGAACUUUCUGCACAACCUUAACAUUGGCAUGCAGCUCAGGUGUUAUGAGAUGGAAAAAAGGCUAAAAACACCAGAUCUCUUCAAAUUCCCUUUCUUUGAAGCCAUAUGUUGGUUUGUAGCCAAAAACUUGCUGGAAACCCUGAAAGAACUGAAAGAAGAUGGUUUCCAGCCUCAGACUUACCUAGUCCAGGGCGUGAAAGCACUGCAUACUGCUUUAAAAUUGUGGAUGAAAAAAGAACUUGUAUCCGAACAUGCCUUUGAAAUUCCAGACAAUGUUAGACCUGGACAUCUUAUUAAAGAACUUUCUAAAGUAAUUCGAGCAAUAGAGGAGGAAAACAGCAAGCCAGUUAAAUCUCAGGGAAUUCCUACAGAGUGUCCAGCUUCACGAUCCUCAAAUGAAGCAACUUCCCCAUACCAUUCCCGACGAAGGAUGAGGAAACUUCGAGAUCAUAAUGUCCGAACACCUUCUAACCUAGACAUCCUAGAGCUCCACACAAGGGAGGUCCUCAGAAGAUUAGAGAUGUGUCCUUGGGAAGAGGACAUCUUGAGCUCUAAACUGAAUGGUAAAUUCAACAAACAUCUCCAGCCAUCUUCUACCGUACCCGAAUGGAGAGCAAAAGAUAAUGAUCUACGAUUACUGCUGACAAAUGGAAGGAUAAUUAAAGACGAAAGACACCCCUUCGCAGAUCAGAGUCUUUAUACAGUAGACAGUGAAAAUGAAGAGGAUAAGAGAAGGACAAAAAAGGCAAAAGUGAAGAUAGAAGAGAGUUCAGGAAUAGAGGCAGUGGAGAAUGAAGAAUCUCAGAAACCCCUUAACAGGUUUUUUACAAGUGUGAAGUCAGAACUCAGGAAUCGAUCAUCAGAAUAUUCUGACAUUUCUGAUUCGGAAGACUCUGGACCUGAUUGCACUGCUUUGAAAAAUAAUUUUACCACUGAAGAGUCUGAAAGUUCAGGUGAUGAAAAAAAACAAAAGAUAACAUCAAACUUUAAGGAGGAAUCUAAUGUGAUGAGGAACUUUCUUCAAAAGAGCCAGAAAACAUCUAGAAGUGAAAUUCCAGUUAAAAGGGAAUGUCCUACCUCGACGAGCACAGAGGAAGAAGCGAUUCAGGGCAUGCUCUCUAUGGCAGGGUUGCACUAUUCCACAUGUUUACAAAGGCAGAUACAAAGCACAGGCUGCAGCAGUGAAAGAAACUCUCUCCAGGAUCCCAGCAGCUGUCACAGCAGUAACCACGAGGUUAGGCAGCUGUACCGCUAUGAUAAACCAGUGGAAUGUGGGUACCAUGUCAAGACUGAAGAUCAGGACUUGAGGCGUUCCUCUUGGAUUAAACAAUUUGAUACAACUUCCAGAUUUAAUCUUCAGGAUCCAAGUAGAGGCCAUAAAUAUAUCAAAAAGGAAGGUUCAUCAGAAAUCAGUCAAAAGGUACACAGUAGGAAUUCUGUGGACAGCAGUGGCUCCAGCCCUCAGAAUGGAAAGUACAUGCAGAAUUCAAGCUUGGUUUCAGGGGCAUGCCAGAUAAGUAAUGGCAGUGUAAGCCCAGAAAGGCCAGUUGGUGAAACUUCCUUUUCAGUGCCCCUUCACCCCACCAAGAGACCUGCAUCAAACCCACCACCGAUCAGCAACCAGGCAACAAAAGGUAAACGUCCAAAAAAAGGAAUGGCAACAGCCAAACAACGCCUUGGGAAGAUCCUUAAGUUGAACAGAAAUGGCCAUGCACGUUUCUUUGUGUGAUGGAGCUGCUGUUGGGAUCACUCUUCCCUUUGGAGACCAGUCUCGGGGGUGUGGGAGCCUGGAGCUUCCGCCAUGCAUGUCCAGUAGAGAACACUGCCUGGAGAACAAAAUGAACCUGAUGCUGCAUUUUCACUGUGCCACACCCACUCAGCAAUAACCAUUUUGGACCUGGUGGGGGAGAGGAAGAAGGAGGGUAGAACCUUAAAAGGAGACCUUGAACUGAAAAGGGUCUCUUGUCAGGGCUUGAAUUUCAUUUUGUUGUUGGUAGUGUCUUGAUUUAUUUUCAGUGGUAAAGAAUUAUCAAUAAUUUAUUUAACAGAUUUUUUUAAAAGUUAACAGCUUUUAAAUUCUUUUUUAAAGCUAUUUAUUUGGAAGAUUUCUGGAGAAAUAUCUCACUAAUUUAGAUUUAAGAAUGUGAAGGUUUUUAAAUUAUUUUUGAUAGUGUGUGUGUUACAUGUGGGGAAGAGCCACAGUAACAGUAACUAGUCUGGACUCUUAAAUUUGAUAUUCAGGUUAAAGUCUUAAACAGGGAUUUGAUGCAUUAAUUAUUUUAAAUUAAGAUGUAUAUGGAAAUCAUUUUAUUUUAUAUAUUUCAUGUUUUUUAUAAGCUAUUAGCUUCGCUUUUGCUAACAUCCAAGGUGCAUACUGUUAUCCAGGUUGAUGACCUUAUAUCCCACCUUCCCCCUCUGCACUCCCAGCUUUUGUGAUGAUACAAGACUCUUCUCUUUGCAGGGAAACACUUUCAUAGCCGAUGUGUUAGACCUACAUUAUAAAAGACCCCAACAUUUCUCAUUUCGUUUGACAUUGCAAUUUUUUCCUAAAUAUAACAAAGGCUUCUUGCAUUUUCAUUUUUGCUGAUGACCUGGGUUCCAAAGAGAACAGCUUUAAUAUCUUUUUCCUAUUUGUGGAAAAAGUAUUAAGUUUGAUUAAAUUGUCAUAUUUCUAGUUUUUCAAAUGCGUUUGUAACUACAGAGGGCCUUCUUCAUACUGCUGGUAUUAGAGGGCAGGACCAACACCUGCCACAAAGGUUAUAUUUUAUGACGCUUUUAUUCUGUGUACCUAAUUUGUUGGGAAAUAAGAUUUGACUUAGUUGUUCAACUCUGCAUAAUAAGCCGUAAUAUAAUAGGACUAUACUAUAUUAAUUGUGUAGAAGCAAGCAUGUUGGAGUAGACCUUUUGCAGGUGUGUGUGUGUGUGUGUGUGUGUGUGUGUGUUUAGUUUUUUAUUUCUUAACCUUCUAAAGAAUUAUUUAAGACAUGGAUUUGAAGUAAAAUGGGUGCUUCUUGUAGUUUCUUCCAUCUAUCCUAACUUAGCCAGUGCAUAUUGAGGUUAAGUAUCUGAUUGAGCUUUAAAGUAAUCAUAUAUCUCUUUUAUGCACAAUUUUUACUAAAUGCCAGCUAAUAAUAGCUAAUAUUUCCCCCUACCCCCCAUGACUUAGAAAUAAGUAAUUUCAAGGCUGGGGUGAUGUGGGGUGGAGAUAUUUCCAAUGCUGACAGGAGAGCAUUAUACAACUUCCUACAAAGAAAAUAUAGGCAAAUAAGAUCAAAUUUAUUUUUAUGAAGAAGAAAUAUGGCCAUAUUAUGGAUAUCCUUUUAUUUACUGAGCCAAGGUAGCAGAACUUUCCCUUCUAUAUUUAGUAUCAUGUGCAGUGCUAAGAAAAAGAAAUCCAUACCAUCCUCCUCCAUGGUUGCAUUCAAAUGUGUAUUUUCAAAGAGAGAGAUUUCUUACUCUGUCUUCAUUCCAGUAUUUCAUGGAAUAAAUAUGAAGUAACUUAUGAAUUAGCCUUUUUGGCCCAAGUGACUGAAUCAAGUCUGGAUCUUACCUGGUGUCAGGAAGGAUUUUGUGGAAAUACUAAAUGCCUAUAAGUGGCCUACUUAAAUUCUGCACGAUGCCAAAACUAGUUAAGAGAUGGGCAUGGUUAGUCAUUUGAUGGAUGAUUCGAUUUGAAAAAUGUAAAAAUUUGGGUUUGACUGAUUGUGCCACCUUCCCACACAGUAUAUUACUGUGAUGUUUUGGUUUUUUUUUUUUUCAGUUACAUCAUGAUCUGGGUUCUUUUUUUAUGUUCUUCUCACAGCUCUAAGUGUUUUUAAUUACCUGAAUUUUUUUCUUUAACUAUAAAAAUUAAAAUAAAACAAUUUCUUUUUAUGAGUUAAAAUUGUGGCCAGUAUCCACCCUGUGUACCUAGGCCGGUAAAUACUUAUUUUAAGUAGACAGUAUGUGGAACUUCUAAGUGAAGGUACUGUGGAUUCAUUUUUGGCAAUUUAGCCCAUUAACUGGCUAAGUUAAAAAAAAAAAAAACUUUCAGCAGGGUCAUAAAUAUAACCACUACUCAGAACACAUGUAUCUUCUUCUGAAUUGGUGCAGAUUCAGCCACUGGUCCAGGAACUUUCCUAGUCUUACAGAGUUACUGGUUCUGAUGCAUCCCCUGUAGCUCGGAAAUGACUGAACCUUGAGGUAACUGCAGCCAGUAUCUGGACUUAACUGUAACAGACAACCUUGUGUUUUCCCCUUGGUCUCAUAAACAAUACUACUGCACAGAUACUAUGACUUACGAAGACAGCAGUGGUGGCAUUUAGCUAGUUAUAAGCAAAUAGAAAUAUGUAAAGCAGAAUUAUGAUUAAAUGUAUGCAUUUUUAAUUAUAGUAGAUAAUUUUCCUGUAUUGAUUCAAGUAAGUAACUUCUGUUAACCUAGUAUCCACUGUACUGUAAUUCAUAAUGUCAUAUAAUAUAAUGCUCUCCAGUAUUGAUUAAUGUUGUAAACAGUACAAAGCUGGCAUUUAUGAUAGUUUUGUAUCCUAGAAAUACAUUGAACUUCAUAAGCAUCAGUUAAUUUUUAAAGCAUACAAAAUUGAAAAUUCUGACUGAAAUCAUCUUAUAAACUCAGAAAACAAGGCCAUCUUUAUUACUACUUAAAUACUUAGCUUGAAUACUGUUCUGUUUUUUUAAUAAUCCCAGUUAUUGCCUUUUAAAUGAACUCUACUGUAUUUAUUCUUAUGAGAUCAGCAGGUAUUUAUCAGACACCUACUAUGUGCCCAGCACUACAUAGUACUGUGGGGAAGUGUAAAGUUGAAAUGUGGUCUCUGCCUUUGAAGGUAUCUUCGUCAGGAAAUAAGCAGUGUUAUUUUUACUUCUAAGCAAACAUAAGCAAAAGAGAGCCCAUUUAUUUAAAAAAGCAUUAACUUCAUUUGUUUCAAUUGAGAUAUACUAUGCUAUAUAGACGUGGAAGUAAUUUUUUUUAAUUUUUAAAAUGUAAAAAACAUUUCAGAAAUUAACAAUUUAAUGUUGGCAGUAGAGGGUCAUGGUUUAGUAUGAAAGAGAGCAGACAACUUGGAUUUUUGCCCAGGUUCUGCCAUUUUUAUGUCAGCUCUGUGACCUUGAAUAAGUUGCUUAUUCUUACUACAUCUUAGUUUUCUCAUUUGUUAGUUUGGAUAAAAAUGCAGUUAACAAAUACAUGGAAAAGUGUUUCUUAAUCUAGUAACACUUCAUGCUUGCAGUUAAUUUAUCAUUAUUUAAGUUGCCACUGAUAAUGAAUGCACAUUUUUAUGCAUUUUAAAUUUAAACUGUUAUUACUCAUAAAAUUUGUUUUAUGUCAAAUCUAUGCCCAGAGCAUGCUACCUAAAAAACCUGAAGAGUCUCUAACAAGGUGCUGAAUUACAAUUAAAAUUAGUGCUUGAAGUGAAAGAAAAGUGAAAUAGUUUAUGGAUAAGAGUGAUACUGUUUAUCCUCAAGUAAGUAAUGUUUAUCCUCAAGUAAUCAUUAAGAUGACUUAAGGAAAGAUUCUUUCUGCUUGUUUCAAGAGAUGCUUUCUAUAGUAACUCCCCCAAGAGCUCCUGAAUCACCGUGCCACCCGGUACACCACUGCCAGAAGUAACUAUUGCAGUGUAUCAGCAUUUUACAAUUUCACAUGGAGAUGAAGGCUUAAUAAUGUCAAUCUGAAAAUUUUUCAAAAAUUCAUUUUUUUCUCAUUAAAUAUUAAGCCAGUUGCUCCCUCCAAAAAGAAAAGCUAAAGAUCACCAGUUGUUUCUGGAUGCCCUAGACCUUUAUCUAAAGCAAUCUCGAGAAGGUUGAGCAUCAGGUCAUUAGGAAAAACGUGUUACUGGUAACUAAAGAAGACAAAUGGAACCCUAAUAGGGCAGUGAUUUGCCUGGGGUCACAGUAGAUUCUAGACCUCUGGUACCUUGCUUCCUACCACAGCUCUUCUCUGUGAUGCUGUGCAGCCUCUGCUUGUCCUGGGGGUGAUGUUGAUAUGCUUGCUAGAAGCCAGAUGGAAAGAAAGGAGAAGUAAUAUACUCAUUACAUUGCUGUUGGACUAAAGUAAUUUUGAUACUAUAGCCUUACUAAAAACCCUGCUCUUAUUUUUAUUUGUUCUUCAGUGAAAAUCAUGACAUAAAAGUCAAAUCUUUUAUAUCCCUUACAUUAAAUUUUUAAAAAUUAAGGUCGUUAAGAAGCAAAUGCCUAUUUCCAAAGCAAUUAGCUUAUCAUAUUUGACUGUGGUUUUACUCUUUUAUACUAUUUUUCUCCUCUUUAGUGGGUAGGGAAAAUAAUGCUCAUUUACCUGCAUUCUACCCCGUAGAGUCUCCCUCUCACCCAUGGUGCCCUCUCUAGUGUCCUAAAGCUUUGUCUUAACAAGUGCAACAUUAAAUUUUUGUUAAAACCCUUUCAAAACUAUAUUCAGUGAUUCUUCCAACAAGUUGAUCUGUUCUGCACUAUUUCACUAAUAAACCCUGGCUACCACGUAGCCCUUGACCUCCAAGUAGCUUACCUAUGCAAGACCUGUGACAUUCUGAACUCACGUUUCCUUAUUUCAGAAAGCAGUCCUAAGUGGAACUUAAUCAUAACAAUAAUCCUUGCCUCCACCUACUUUUAUUUUGGCCAUUUCCUUUUUAAAAUGCCAGCUAUUUUCCCCCAAGGUAUUUCACCAAAACAGUGAUCAUAAGUGCUGGAAUAUAUAAUAUCUUGCAGGAAUGAAAUAACCCAGACAUACUCUUAUAUUCCUGUGGUAGUUGGUUGGUAACAGUUACCAUUAUUAAGUGGAAUAUAUAGUGAGGAAUUCAUUCAUUAAUUCCUUGCCUAGAAUCAUUUCUUCCCUCAAAGAUUCAUACGUAACCUUUUAUUUUUACAAAGCAUACAUAUAACUUCCACAUUAUAGUCAGGGACCUGAGGUGUCACUUGCUAAGUGAACCCCAGGUUAUUUUAUAUUGCAAAAGAAACCUAAACCAAACUAAGGGCCUUACAUUUAUGGUUAGACUGAAUCAAAAGCUAUAACCUCAGUUUUUCCCAAAAUAGCUUCUGACUGCAAACGCGUCAUGCAGUUGUUAGGUAUGAAAUAGCACUGAUCAGGAAAUGCAUGUGCAACUUCGCAGACUGUAUUUCCUUCCGAAAAGACUUUUCUACUUUUAAUAUAAAUUAAGCCAUAAUAGUUACAUGCUGUGGAAAGAGGGUGAAAGGUUCAUUUGAAGAGAUUAUAUAAUAUGAAUUUUCACAUUUACUGUGAAAUGUCUAACUUUUCCAGUGCUUCAGCAGGUUUGUUUGUUUUUUUGAGGGGGUAGAGGGAGGUGAUAGGGUGGGGUAGUAUUGAUUUUAGAGAUUUCAAAUCUGUGAAAUUUGAAAAGGGGACAGUUGUUGGCUAUGGUAUUUAUUAGUUUUGUAGUAAUGUUUUGCUAGCCUGACUGACUUUCCUUAACUGAUUUUUAUGCCCAUGGUCCAAGGAGACUGGUACCCUUUCUUGUUUGGGGUGUCUGCGGAGUAGUGUCUUGUCUGUUUGUAUAGGCAGUCAGUGUGUGUGCACAUGUGUGUCCUUUGAAUACAGAAGCACACUGUGUGACUACAGAGUGGGGUGUGGCUGGGAAACGGGAUGCUGAAGCUUUAAAGAGCAUUUUCUUUUUUGACUCUUAACAGUAUUUCCCAUCUUUUGCCUGCAGGCAGGGAAAGUGUACAGUAUUUAUUUUGCUUCUGUUUUAAAUUUGUAAGUCUUUAAAUAGUUUAAUUGGUUAUUAGAGGGGAGGACAAGUGACUUGUUUAAAGUUGUAUUUGGUAUUCUUACUUUUCAAUUUCUGUAUUUUAAAAUAUUGAAAUCAAAAUUGUAUUACUUCUGUUUUGAUUUUUUUAGUGCUGGGUGUAUUUUUGGCUCAUUUUGUUUGAAAGUAUAAAUGUUGAAAAUUGUAUAAAAUGUGUCUUUGAAAGAAAAAAAAUUGAAUUCUAUAUCCAA